AUGCGUUUUCUUUCUUUCUUUCUUUCUCCUGUUCUUUCUUUCUUUCUUUCUUUCUUUCUUUCUUUCUUUCUUGAUGUUUUUCUUUCUUUCUGUUUCUUCUUUCUAACUGGGUCUUCCUUUCCGGCUGCUUUUAUAUUUUUUCUUUCUUUCUUUCUUUCUUUCUUUCUUUCUUUCUUUCUUUCUGCUUUUCCUUUCUUUCUUUUUCUUCUUUCUAACUGGGUCUUCCUUUCCGGCUGCUUUUAUUUUUCUUUCUGGAUGCUUUUACCUUCUUUAUUUAUUCCUUCCUUCCUUCCUUCCUUCCUUCCUUCCUUCCUUCCUUCCUGUCUUUCUUUCUUUCUUUCUUUUUGGAUGCUUUUUCUUUCUUUCUUCCUUCCUUUCUUUCUUUCUUUCUUGAUGCUUUUUCUUUCUUUCUUUUUCUUCUUUCUUACUGGGUCUUCCUUUCCGGCUGCUUUUAUUUUUCUUUCUGGAUGCUUUUUCCUUCUUUCUUUCUUUCUUCCUUUCUUUCUUUCUUUCUUUCUUUCUUGA